AUGGCUGGAUACAGUGAUUCAAUGCAAGAAAUAACCUAUUCUUUGAAAUUGUGCGGAGAAGCUGCUGAUUUUGACAACAGUUCUUUAAAAGAAUGGAAAGACGUAGUGUUGCGAGAUAUUCAUGAAAGAUAUGAACCUGCUAACGUGUUCAACGUUGAUGAAUGUGGACUUUUCUAUAGGAUCUUACCCGACAGAACCCUUUGCUUCAAAGGAGAAAAUUGUGUAGGCGGAAAAAAAACAUGGAGGACCCAAACGAUCUGGGGAAAAACUCUCAGAAGGUGGGACCUACAUUUUUCAAAGAAAAACAGAAAAGUUGCAUUGAUUGCUGAUAACUGCACUGCUCACUGUCCUGUUGAGGGCUUGAAAUCAAUUGAGCUCGUAUUUUUGCCUCCAAACAGCACAUGUGUGUUGCAGCCUCUAGAUCAAGGCAUAAUUCAAAGCUUCAAGUCUAUGUAUAGAAAGCUUCUUCUACGGGAUAUGAUCACCGCCAUAGACAAAAAAGAAGAAUUUCACGUUUCAGUUUUGAACGCACUGUUCUAUAUUGACCAAAGCUGGAACAUGGUGUCGUCGAAAACUAUUGAAAAUUGUUUCCGUCACGCGGGGUUCCACUGUUCUCCAGACUCUUCGGUAUCAUUAGAGGACCCUGAGGAAGAUCUUCCAUUGGCUGAAUUGGCAGAAAAUCUUCGAAACCGAGGCUAUGCAAUGCCGGACGUAAAUUUGUAUUCCCAAAUAGACGUUGAUGUCCUCACUAAUUGUGAAGCAACUGUGGAAGGCAUUGUAUCUAAUGUCUUAAAUCUGAAUGCUGAAGGAAGUGACGAUGAGGAUGAUACUGAAUGCAAUAAAAAUUAUGGGACAAAUGAACUUCACACCUUUGAUCGAGUCUUCUGUGCAAGAGAAGCUUUGAGGGGAAAAAAGGUUUCUGAAAAAAAAUGCAGAUUAUCUGGAAGAGAUUAA